AAGGUAUUUUUACAAGUUGUUAACAAAUGUAAAGUGUAUUUAUAUAAGAAAGUGUAUUAAUUAUAAUGAUAUGACUCUUAGGUGUGAUAUAUUGUGGACAGGAAGAGGAAGAGGCGGCCAUUGAUAUCAUAUCCACAAAGUAUGAGAGAUAUGGCAAUGGAGUCGAAGCACCGGAAAAGUUGGAAAUCAUUAAAGAGAAGUGCAAUGAAUUGGGCCAUGCUAAUACCAUGGGUAAACUUUUCUGGGAUAUAGUAACCGGCUUGAAAUGGGCAGGGUACCUUAAACCAAAAAUCCGGGAAGUGAUGCUAGAAAGUCCUACUAUUCAAUUCUAUGACAAAAUUAACUUGUUUUGCAAACUGCCCGAGGACAAAAUGCUGAAAUACACUCCGAUAAUAAACGCCAAACUUGCCGACACUAAAAAACUACGCGACCGUUACAUUGGAUACCUAGAAGAUGCUACGAAACACGUUGGCCGUGAGUUCUGGGCUAAAGUGAUUGAUAUGCACGACGACAUCGAUGGGUUCAGGGAGUUCUCACACAAACGGAUUGAUAUAUAUCCGGCAGUACUGAACAGAACUGAGCACUUGUUAGGAGUAAAGGUGGACACAAAGUGCGAGAUGAAAGAGUCCUAUCCGGAAGCAACAUAUAAAUCGUUUACAUUGUUGAUGGCUAAAUUACUUUCAAAAAUAGGUAAGGCAACCGACAAGAUAGCUCGAAAUAUUCGGGAA